UAAAUAAUUUGAAAAAUUGUAAUAAUAAAAAAAGGGAUAAGCCAUUAAAAUCAAUUUUAGCAUUAGUUUCGCCCUUCAACAAAGCCUUAACCAAUUCUUUACCUUUUUCCGAUCAGUUUCCUACUUUCAUUCUUCUUCUUCUUCUUCAUAUUCUUCAUCUUUAUCAGAAAAAUGGAGCUUUGCAUGGAAGCCAAAGCGUUGAAAUCAAGUGUAAGAGGAGAAUUCACGAAGAACAGCCAUAACCAGAACCAGCAUGUUGCUUUUGAUGAUUUUUUUAGCUCAAACGGUGGCGUUUCCAGUGAAGAAUUUUCAGUUGAUUGUUUUUUUGAUUUUACUAAUGGAGAAUUUGAAGAAGAAAAUGAAGAGAAAAAUUCUGCGCUUAUUUUCUCGCAAGAAGAAAGAGUAACAGAUGAUGAUAGUAACUCGAAUUCAAGCAGUUUUUCUUUUGAUUCCGGUCUUACUAAUGAACUAUCCGUACCGGAUGAUGAAAUUGCAGGGCUUGAAUGGGUAUCACAAUUUGUGGACGAUUCUUUUCCCGUGCUACCAUUUUCAUGUCCGGUUUUCAAGCAACAAGCCGAGAACCAACCAGAAGCUCGGUUUGAACCAGAAUCAGCACCAGUUUUUGUGAAAACUCCAUGUUUUUCAUCACCAAUUCCAUCAAAAUCGAGAAGCAAAAGGGCUAAACCAACCGGCAAAACAUGGCCGUUCGGGUCAUUCUCUCGUUUUGAGUCGUCAACUUCUUCGACAACAACGGCUUCGUCAUCAAGCACUUCUUCGGGAUUUUCAAUUUCUUCGACACCAACUCAAAAACCCAAUUUGGGUGACAUCAUUGAACCGCCGACAAAGAAACAGCGGAGAAAAUCGGUCGUUCAAUCCAACGGGAACGCUUUCCAACGAAGAUGUAGUCAUUGCCAAGUUCAAAAGACUCCGCAAUGGAGAACCGGUCCACUCGGUGCCAAAACCUUAUGUAAUGCUUGCGGGGUUCGUUACAAGUCCGGUCGGCUCUAUCCCGAGUACAGACCUGCUUGUAGCCCCACUUUUUCCGGUGACAUGCACUCCAAUAGUCAUAGGAAAGUUUUGGAAAUGAGGAAAAAGAAAGAGUUAGCAGGGAAAGAACCGGAUGAGUUGACCCCGGUUGUUCCAAGCUUUUGAGUUUAACAAGAACCCGGUUUAGUUUUAACUCUUAUUAGGGUUAGCUUUUUAUUAGGGUUUAUAGUGUUUAGUUUCUAGAAUUUAAGGUUCUAAUUAUGGAAAUUAGGUAGGCUUUCAUUUCUAGUUUUUUUUUUUUAUAUUUCCUUUUAGACUUUUUUUGGUCAUUUUAUUAGCAGCAGACUUUUAACGAGGAGGGCGAAAUUUACAGGUUGAAUUUUAUAAUUUCUACUUUUAUUAUUAAUUUAUUAUUAAUUUUUAAAAAUUCAAACUUUGAAA